AUGCAUUCGCUCCUGGGCCGGGAGAAGAAAGAAGAAGAAGCCGGGUUCGGGAUCGAUCUGGGUCUGUCUCCGGGCUUUCUGCCCCAAGCUGCCACCAUGUUCAGCUGUGUGGGCUGCUUCUGGGUGCUGCUGUCCUCCGCUCUGGUCGCCGUCUGCAGUUUCAGCUUCAUAUCACCUGCCUGGAUUGUUAAGGACCAGCUGAGGAACAACAACCACCACCACCACAACAACAACAAGGACUCCGUGAGCUUCGGCUUGCUGUGGCACUGCUCGGAGUCUCUGGAUCACAUGUACCGAUGCUACACCUUCGGGGGACUGGGCAGAUUCGCAGAGAUCCCCUCCAGCUCCUGGCAGACCAGCGCGGUGCUCUGUUCGGGAGGCUGUGCUCUGCUGGCUGUCAGCUCCCUGUUGGCCAUCAUCACAAUCUUCCUGCCCAGUGGAGGAUGUGAGAGGAGGAUCUGCACCCUGGCUGGAUACAUGCAGAUGGCUGCAGUGUUCAUCAUGGCUGCUGGACUGCUGGUCUACCCCUUUGGCCUAAACUCCUCACUGGUCAGGUCCUUCUGCGGGGACUCUGACAUCUACUACGCUGGCGAGUGCCAGAUCGGCUGGGGCUACAUGCUGGCUAUUGUCGGAGUCAUGCUCACCGUCUUCUUGCCCUUUUUUGCCAAAUAUGCACCAAAGGAGCAGCUGUCCCCCACCCCUUUACCCACGCUGUUAUAG